UCGUUACAUGGGUCUAUCAGUCUCUACCUUAGCAGUCACAGGAUCGUCACGCUGAUAGGAGUUUUUUAUUGGAAAAUAUUCUGAAUCAUACUAUCAAAAUGUACACACAAAGAGUGUACUUAUUGUCACUUUUCCUCGGGCUGGCGCUAAGUGCCACCCACCAUAACCACAACCUAGGCGGGGGGACAUUGAUCACGGACAUUGUGGAUCGCCUCUGGAUCAAUGCCGACAUCAACGAUGACAGUGAACUUAGUGAACCGGAGUUCUUGAGGGAGUUCAUCGACAACUUCGAUCGUGACGGUCAACAUACCGUGAGCGAGACCGAGUUUAUACAUCAGUGGAGCCACAGUUACCAUGAACAUAAAGACUUCACGCAGCUCGUAUUCCAACACUUCGAUCUUGACGGAGACGGCACGCUUACUGAAAGUGACCUUCACAGGCUCUUCAAUCACAUGGACCUUAACGCUGACACGCAGAUCAGUAAGGCCGAGUUUACCACCAUGAUGGCUUACGUGUUUGGCCGGCUUCCUUAUGAGUGAUCUAGCCUAGAAUGGUUUAUCCUAUCGGAGUCACCGAGCAAUGAAAACGUAUAAAGAGAAAUCAAAUAAAUAAGAUCGGACAUUAAACAUGCGUUAUACACUUAUUACACUGAC